ACCUUGCAACUUGCAAACGGCGCCUCCCCUGCUUUGGUUGCAGAGUCUAUAAAUACAUGAGAUCGACAAAACUUCAAGUGUGAAGAGAGAGCGAGAGCAAAGUCCCAAUUCCCAAAGACCAGAGCCAGAGGGCCGAAAAUGGGAGCAGAAGCCUUGCCCGUCACCGCCAACUACAACAACUACUGCAGCGGAGGCGAGGCUCCUCUGGUAUUGGGACUACAGGCAUCCGCCCUCGUCGACCAUGUGGCCCGCGUCGAUUGGUCCUUGCUCGAUCAACUCCCAGGCGAGCGCGGUGGCUCCAUUCCUGUUGCAAUUGAAGAGCUUGAGCACAUACUGGAUGAGGUGAAGACCCAUAUUAUCUCAUCCCCUGAUGAUUCCUUGCCCAUGAAAACAAUAGCCGGGGGCAGUGUAGCCAAUACUAUCAGAGGGCUGAGUGCUGGGUUUGGAAUCUCCUGUGGAAUAAUUGGUGCCUGUGGGGAUGAUGAGCAAGGCCAGUUAUUUGUCAGUAACAUGAGCUCUCAUGCUGUGAGCCUCUCAAGAUUGAGGAUGAAAAAAGGACCCACAGCUCAGUGCGUUUGCUUGGUUGAUGUCUUGGGCAAUCGUACAAUGCGUCCCUGUCUCUCAAGUGCUGUGAAACUUCACCCUCAGAAUUAUGUUAUUCAGGCAGAUGACUUGACAAGAGCGGAUUUUAAGGGCUGUAAGUGGCUGUUGUUGAGGUAUGGUAUUAUCCAUUUGGAAGUGAUUCAAGCUGCUAUACUGAUUGCCAAACAAGAGGGUCUUUUUGUGUCCAUGGACUUGGCCAGCUUUGAGAUGGUUCGCAACUUUAGAUCACCUCUUCUGCAGUUGCUGGAGUCAGGGGGCAUAGACCUCUGCUUUGCCAAUGAGGAUGAAGCAACAGAGUUGCUAAGAGGCACUGAGGGUGAACAAAAAGCUGAUCCUGAGGCUGCACUUGAGUUUCUGGCAAAACAUUGCCGGUGGGCAGUGGUGACGUUAGGCCCCAAUGGAUGCAUUGCAAAGCACGGAAAAGAGAUUGUGAGAGUUCCAGCCAUAGGGAAAGCCAAUGCCGUGGAUGCCACAGGAGCAGGAGACCUGUUUGCAAGUGGAUUUUUGUAUGGAUUGGUGAAGGGACUAUCUCUGGAGGAAUGCUGCAAAGUGGGAUCAUGCAGUGGCGGAUCUGUUAUUCGCUCUCUUGGGGGCGAGGUCACCCCUGAGAAUUGGCAAUGGAUGUACAAGCAGAUGCAGACCAAGGGCCUCACUCUUCCUGAUAUCCCCAAAUGAUUUUUUAAAAUUUUUGUUAUUUUAUCAGAGAAGUGAUUAUUUUGAAUUCCAUGGCCACUAGCCCUCUAUAUAUCUUUUAAAAACAAGGGGCAGCUAUGGUUGCGUUCUGAGGCUGACUGGACCACCGCAUACGAUAGAGAAUAUGAGGAGUGGAUCCUGAAUAGUUCGAGGCUUUAUGCUCUUGAAUGGUUUGUGUUGGUUUGCUAUGUUUAGUGAUUUUGCAAAUUUUUAACCGUUAUCAUAAUGUUGCCUUCUCUUUCUUCUUUUUUCUGUUUUUCUCUACCCGGGGUUGAACAAGUGUC